ACCAAUAGAAGCAGUACGGAAGAGUGGUUGCAUCUGGGCGCGAACAACGAACAAUUCGGUAAUUUGGAGUUGCUGGCAAAUCUGCGCUGAUUUGAAAUGAAUCGCGAAACAAAUUUGAGCAGCCAUUUCGCAGAUGAUACUUCACCGAAACCAGGGACGCUUUGUGUCCAUGUGGAUGCGCAGAAGUCACGAUGCUGCUUCCUCUCAGACAACGUAAUCAGUGCACGUGUUGAAGAACUAGUGAGACAGAGAGGUUACCCACAUAUUUUGACAAAUUUUGCAGAAACUGUUCUUGCAGGUCAAGUGGACAAAGUAGUAACUGAGUAUAAAGAUGAUGACAUGAAAAAACUGGACUCUGCUACACUAGUUGUCCAUGUCUAUGAGGUGAAUGAUGAUGUUGGCUUAGAAGAGCUUGAAGAUGGCAUGGCAGCUGCAAGUCACUGGGUUCUUCCUUCUGCACAUCUUGAGGGUCUUUGGGAGAGCCUCAUUUAUGAAAGUCCAAUAAAAGAUGAGUUGUUGAGCUAUUCAUCCACGGCCCUGCUGUUUGCUGAUAAGAAAGUGGACCCUAACGUCAUAUCAUGGAACAAGGUUGUGCUUUUGCAUGGACCACCUGGCACAGGGAAAACCUCCUUGUGCAGGGCUCUUGCACAAAAACUGACCAUCAGGAUGCGGUCUCGUUUCACCCAUGGUCAGCUCUUAGAGAUCAACAGCCACAGUCUUUUCUCCAAGUGGUUCUCAGAAAGUGGAAAACUAGUAAUGAAGCUGUUUCAGAAGAUACAAUCCCUCAUUGAUGAUGGAAGUACCCUUGUGUUUGUUCUCAUUGAUGAAGUUGAAAGCUUGGCGCACUGUCGUAGCACUGCAAUUGGAGGGAAUGAGCCAUCAGAUGCAAUUCGUGUUGUCAAUGCCUUGCUGACGCAAAUUGACAUUAUGAAAAGAUACCCAAAUGUUUUCAUUCUUACAACCUCAAAUAUCAGUGGGGUCAUAGACCUGGCCUUUGUAGACAGAGCUGACUUCAAAUAUCACCUUGGUUAUCCCAGCCAAAAAUGCAUCUCGAAGAUCAUUAUGUCCUGCUUGAAAGAGCUUUACAGGGUGUCUGUCAUAAAUGAAAACAUGAGUUUCCUUGAAAGCAAUGCUGAUGAGAUGGGUGAUGAACUGCAGUCCUUGUACAACUCCUUGUGCCACAGAGCUGUUGGCCUGAGUGGGAGGCGGUUGCGAAAACUGCCUUUCAUAGCACAUUCCAUCUGCACUGUGGAUGGUACGCUGACGCUAAAAACGUUCCUGCUUGCCCUGUCUGAGGCUGUCGACCGCCAGUUGCAAGAAAAUAAAGAGAUCACAAGUUGCAUGGAAGUGCGAUAACACCUCUUCUGAAGAUGCAGAACAUCCUUGUUUUAUUUCAUGACAAGUGCUUUCCACUUGCUAUUAAAAACAUGAUUUUGUUGUAUGGCAAGUAGUGAAGACAUCAAUUUUUAAUAUAGUAGAGACUUUAUAAAGGUUUAUAUUUUUUGUAACAUGAGUUACACUAGUGGACAUCUGAAAUCUCCAACUAGUUCCAAAAGAAACUGCAGUGCCCUAUCCCAUCCUAAUUAUUAACCUUAGGCUACAUGUUGCAAAGCCAGUCAGUGCUCUAGGCAUAUUCACUUAAAGAAAUAGCGAGCCUACAGCCAGUUUUGAGACAUCUGCUUGCAAAUUUGUGUUAUAUGCAUUAGUUUGCUACACUUGUU